AUGUUGAAAGACUGGUCUGUCAGCGACUUGACCGACAGUGACCAUAGGGUCAUAGGAUUCACCAUGACGGUUAACCAAGCCUCGAAACCCGUGUCCGAUGAAAAGCGUUACAUCCUUAAGUCGGCUGAUUGGGAUCUUUUCAAUAACACACUUCUAGGUGAAAUUGGUGGUAUCUCGUACUUGUCUAUAGAAUCCUCGGCCAUGGGCAUAAGCCGAGCUCUGACCGUUGCGGCGGACCGUGCGAUCCAACGAAGGAAAUCUUGUGGAUCCUCCGGAAGAAAUAUCUGGUGGUCCUCAGUUCUCUCCACGCUCCGUCAAAACCUAGCUCGUAAAAGACGAGAUGGCCUUAGGGGCAGUAACAGACGAGAAUACAAUAAACUACGAAACGAAUUCCUAACAGAAAUAAGAAAUCACAAGCUGUCUGCCUGGAAGUGCUUUGCGGGCGAUUUGAAUUCCGACCCAUGGUGCAAAGCAUUCAGAUGGGCCAAGGGCAGUUACUCAAUGCGCUCCAUGAGAAGCUCAAUGGCUAAGCCCGAUAGGUUCUCUGACCUCUGA